AUGGAUAUGACUGCGCAGUUUUUCUCUGUCUGUCUGCAUAUCUAUCUAUCUAUCUAUCUAUCUAUCUAUCUAUCUAUCUAUCUAUCUAUCUAUCUAGCCAGAAUCUAUCUAUCUAUCUAUCUAUCUAUCUAUCUAUCUAUCUAUCUAUUACAGUCUGUUCUUAGUGAUCCUAUCUAUCUAUCUAUUAUCUAUCUGUAUCUAUCUAUAGUGAUCCUAUUACAGUCUGUUCUAGUGAUCCCAUCUAUCUAUCUAUCUAUCUAUCUAUCUAUCUAUCUAUCUAUAUCUGUUCUUAUCUAUUACAGUCUGUUCUUAGUGAUCCCAUCUAUCAUCUAUCUAUCAUCUAUCUAUCUAUUACAGUCUGUUCUUAGUGAUCCCAUCUAUCUAUCUAUCUAUCUAUCUAUCUAUUACAGUCUGUUCUUAGUGAUCUAUCUAUCUAUCUAUCUAUCUAUCUAUCUAUCUAUCUAUCUAUUACAGUCUGUUCUUAGUGAUCCUAUCUAUCUAUCUAUCUAUCUAUCUAUCUAUCUAUCUAUCUAUCUAUCUAUCUAUCUAUUACAGUCUGUUCUUAGUGAUCCCAUUCAUCAUCUAUCUAUAUCUAUCUAUCUAUCAUUAUCUAUCUAUCUAUCUAUCUAUUACAGUCUUGAUCCUAUCUAUCUAUCUAUCUAUCUAUCUAUCUAUCUAUCUAUCUAUCUAUCUAUCUAUCUAUUACAGUCUGUUCUUAGUGAUCCUAUCUAUCUAUCUAUCUAUCUAUCUAUCUAUCUAUCUAUCUAUUACAGUCUGUUCUUAGUGAUCCCAUUCAUUCAUCAUUAUAUCUAUCUAUCUAUCUAUCUAUCUAUCUAUCUAUCUAUCUAUCUAUCGAUUACAGUCUGUUAUAGUAUCCCAUUCAUCUAUCCAUUCAUUCAUUCAUCUAUCAUUCAUCUAUCUAUUACAGUCUUGAUCCUAUCUAUCUAUUCAUUCAUCUAUCUAUCUAUCUAUCUAUCUAUCUAUCUAUCUAUUACAGUCUGUUCUGAUAGGGUGAUUCAUCUAUCUAUCUAUCUAUCUAUCUAUCUAUCAUUACAGUCUGUUCUUAUGAUCCCAUCAUUAUCUAUUCAUCUAUCUAUCUAUCUAUCUAUUAUCUGUUCGUUCAUCUAUCUAUAUAUCUAUCUAUCUAUCUAUCUAUCUAUCUAUCUAUUACAGUCUGUUCUUAGUGAUCCCAUUCAUCUAUCUAUCUAUCUAUCUAUUCAUCAUCUAUCUAUUCAUAUCUAUCUAUCUAUUCAUUCAUCUUAUUCAUUCAUCUAUCUAUCUAUCUAUCUAUCUAUUCAUUCAUUCAUCUAUCUAUCUAUGAUUAUCAUUCAUCAUAUAUCUAUCUAUCUAUCUAUCUAUCUAUCUAUCUAUCUAUUAUCUAGUAUGUAUAAGUAUCCCAUCUAUCUAUUCAUCUAUCUAUAUCUAUCUAUCUAUCUAUCUAUCUAUCUAUUAUCUAUCUGUUCUUAUCUAUCUAUUAUUCAUCUAUCUAUCAUUAUCUAUUCAUUCAUCUAUCUAUCUAUUCAUUUAUCUAUCCCAUAUCUAUCAUUAUCUAUUCAUUCUGUAUUCAUCAUCUAUCAUUCAUUCAUAUCUAUCUAUCUAUCAUAUCUAUCUAUCUAUCCAUAUAUCUAUCUAUCUAUUCAUACAGUGAUUCAGUCCAUUCAUUCAUCAUAUCAUCUAUCUAUUCAUAUCUAUCUAUCUAUCUAUAUCUAUCAUCUAAGUCUGUUCAUUAGUGAUUCAUCCAUUCAUUCAUCUAUCUAUUUCAUCUAUCAUUCAUCUAUCUAUCUCAUCUAUCUAUUCAUUAGUGAUAUAUAUCAUUCAUAUAUCUAUCUAUUCAUCUCAUAUAUUCUUUCAUCUAUUCAUUCAUCUAUCUAUUAUCUAUCUAUCAUCUAUCUAUCUAUAUAUUACAGUCUGUUCUUAGUGAUCCCAUUCAUUCCAUCUAUCCAUCUAUUCAUUCAUAUCUAUCUAUCUAUCUAUCUAUUCAUCUCAUUACAUCUCUAUCUAUUCAUCUAUCUAUCUAUCUAUCUAUCUAUCUAUCUAUCUAUCUAG